AUGGGAGGUGUACGGGACAGCGGCACGGGGGAACGUGACCGCGUCACGGGCCCUGGCACCGGAAAGAGGUCGGACGGCCGGGAGAAGUCAGAGGGAGCUAGUGAUGGAGGUCACAUGAGCAUCUGGUGCUCGGGAGAACGCAGGCUGCAGCAGUG